CCACCAAUGCACAUACCCUCAAACAGACCACCAACAUUAACACAGUUUUUUGAUAUUCAACUCAAUUGUUUUCUCAUUUUUUCACAAAAGUAAUAAGCAGAAAAUAUGGAUAACUCACAGAGCGCGAGCUACAGAGCCGGCGAGGCCAAGGGCCAAGCCCAGGAGAAGGGCAGCCAGCUCAUAGAUAAGGCCAGCAAUGCUGCACAAUCUGCUAAGGAAUCACUACAGGAGGCUGGAAACCAGGCACAGGCCAAGGCACAAGGUGCCGUGGAUGCUGUCAAGGAUGCCGCCAACAGGAAUUGAGCCAAUUUCCGUCGUCUUUAAUUUCCCCUCGAUAAUUAUCAUCAUUAAUUAUCGACAUCCUCUAUAGUUUUUGCUCUUAGUUUUUUUCUUUUUGCUUCUUUCGAUUUUUCAGCUCUUGUUUAGCCAUGUUUAAUGAGCUCUUCUUCGGCCUGACAUGUUAAAGAGUACGGCCAUGAAGUUUUUCUAGUGAUCAAAUAAAUAAUAAUAAUAAAUUAUUACGUUUUGUUUCCGUAAAAAUAA